AUGGACAGUGUACCAGACGAGGAGGAACAGACAUGCGCUAGCCUUCAGUCGGAGGAAUGGGAGGUCCUGGAGUACCGUGUGCUUGUCGACUCGGACACUGACCCUCUCGUCCCUCUCGCCUAUUCAGCUGCAGUUUAUGUUGCCGGAAACGUAUCCGCUGACCACGCCCCAAAUUCGUGGCUUACGCUUCGCAGGAUAAAUCAGCUAAAGGAGAUGUUGACGGGGAUGUGGCAGACCGGUGAAUGGGUGCUUUAUACCUGGGUAGAGUGGAUUCGCAGUGCGGAGUUCUUGAGAGAGUUGGGGACCAUGUCUGUGGAUGAGCCGGGGAGUGGGAUUCUCAGCCUCGCCCAUCCAGCGCCACACCUACUCGCCACCCACCUCACGACCCACUCACGCCUCUCGAAAUCCUCCCAAUUCGCACUCACGACGUACACCUGCUCCAUAUGCAUCUCUGAAUCCAAAGGCUCUCGGUGUGUACAACUCGACAAAUGUGGACAUGUGUUCUGUCGGGAUUGUCUUCAUGAAUAUUGGACGAUGUGUAUUCUGGAGGGGGAUGUGGGGAAGGUUAUCUGUCCUGAUCCAGAGUGUGUUAAGGAGAGGGGUAAGAAGAGUGGAGAGUAUGUAGAGGUGGAGGAGGAGGAGGUUAGGAGAGUGGUGGGAAACGAGAGGGCGGUGGGGAGGUGGAAGUUGUUGAGGAGGAAAAGAUAA